AUGAAAGAGCGCCAGAGGAGCGCAGUUUGCGAGGCCCAUAACCUUUUCCUCAAAGGGGCCCAGAGCCAAGAGGUGGAGCCUCGCCCGGCCCUAGAGCGGGAAGAAGGUAGGCGAGGGGAGGCGGCGGCCCCGUUGCGAGUCCUGGCAAAGGGAGAGGGCGCGCCCACACGCCGCCCGAUCCAAGCCCAACCCAUGGCCGCCGCCGCCGCCUCCUCCUUUGCGCGCUGCUGCAAAGGGAUCCCCAACCCGCGCACCCGCCCGAGCGAACCCAAGCAGGGGCCAAGGCCGCUGAGCCAGGACGCCAGCGACGACCGGCGCAGCGGCAGCGGCUGGAACAACCCGGCCCAUAGAGCCGAGCCCGCCCUGGAGCGCCCUGCCGCCGACCCGCCCAGCGGACAAAACUCCGGAGAGGCUUCCCUCUGCGCGGGCAGCGAAGGGUUAACAGAAGUGGAGCAAAAGAUCGUGGCGCUCCAUGAGGAGGCAUGCGCAGCUGGACAGGAUAGUUAUGCGGAUCCAAUCACUGGCUAUCUGGUAUUCACCAGAGUUGCCCAUUUGCAGAGGGGACAUUGCUGUGGCUCUGCCUGCAGACAUUGUCCAUAUGGCCAAGCCAACGUUAAAGAUCUGUCCAAAAAGAAGCGGUUCAAUUCCUUUUUCUACACUUGAGGAUUGAAGCUUUUUCUUUUUUGCAUCAUACCAUGAAAACUGAAAGUUGGGGAAAAUCAACCAGCACUCCCACCUUUUCCUUCUUUUAUGCCCUUUCAAUUUCCUCAUUUUGCAUAUUGGCUUUCCUUUGACCUCUGCUGCUCCAUAUCCUGAAUGUUUUCUAAUCAUAACUUUAAAUAAUCCAUGUGUGUGCCAGUGAUGCUGAGUCACUGACAAGGCUAUUCUGGCUGCAACAAGAUGGUCGCUUUGCUUUCUAAAGUCAUCAACCAGCCAUUUCGGGACUUGCUUUUGUUUUGCUUAGUGGUGCUGCAUUCUUCUCCUUGAAACACUUUAAGGAUGUGCCUUCUUGAGUCCUGCUAGAUUAGACUGAUAUUAAAAGACCAAUCUUUUCUAGUACAAAGACCAAUCUUUUCCAGACAGAUCCAUAAGAUAGUCAUUGGGUGGUUUUUUUUUAAAAUUUCAGUGUAAUUAUAUAAUGCAAGGUGUAACUGGAUAGUAAAAACAAUAACCACUGCAAGCAUUCUCUGUUGAAAAUUAUUGGAUUUAACAUCUUCAUCCUAAGUACUCUGAUGCCUAUAUCCUAAAUAUCUCUGUGACACAGCCCUAUAUAUUUGCAUUUCCUUUAUUUCAGGGCUGGGGAACCUGUGGCCCUCCAGAUGCUGUUGGAUCUCAUUUUUCACCAGUCCCCAACCAACCAAGCCCACAGUGGGGGAUUAUGGGACUUGUAAUCAGUCAGCAUCAUUAUAUAAUGAGGACCAUAGAUUGUACAGUCCUACUUUACUUGACAUUUAAUUGUACACUCAUAAGCAAAUGGAUAUAAAACUACAACUAUACCAUGA